AUGGCACGGUUUGAUCCAGGCAUCGCGUCCGUCAACCACUCGUCUGGCGCCUCCACCAUCGACGAGCCGUCGUCGCGUCUGGCGCUCCUCUCGCCAGCGUUCUCCAGCCCCAACCACCGUCUCCACCGUCCGUGUCCCGUGUCGUCGCCUCCCAUGACCAUCAAUCCGUCGUCAUCGUUGUCGUUGCCUUCUGAAGACAAACCACCAGUAGUCGCGCCUGCGAAACCAGGUGCUGGAAAAAAGGCGAAAAAAGCGAAAAAAGACGCCAAAGAAACAGUUUUCGAUUUGGACUCCGAGGACAAGCCACCCUACUCGUACGCCACCCUCAUCGGCAUCUCCAUCUUGAGCCACGAGGACAAGCGUUUGCCGUUGUCGCAGAUCUACCAGUGGAUCUCCGACACCUUCAAGUACUACAAGCGCGAGGACGUGGGGUGGCAGAACUCGAUCCGCCACAACCUCUCGCUCAACAAGGCGUUUGUCAAGGGCGAAAAGUCCAAGGACGGAAAGGGCCACUUCUGGUGCAUCAAGCCAGGGUACGAGGAACAGUUCCUCAAGUCCAGAAGCGUCAAGAAAAGCUCUUACCACGAGGUGAUGGACCAGAUCAACUUGGUGAGAUCCAGACACAGGGAAGAGGCCAAACGCUCGAUGAACGCCAUCCCCUCGUCGCCCAACACCGAGUCCAAGCCGUUCUCUUCCACCAACUACAACUACACCACCCACAACACCGUGAACAAAGUGACUCGUCCCAAGAGGAAAAGAAUACCCAGCUCAACCCACAACGAUGACAAUGAAUACGACUACACUUACGACCAAACGAAACACGACGACGAUGAUGACGAAGUUGAUGAUGACUACUCUGACGAUAAUAAAGACGAGGACAUGACCCAUAUCUUGGAUCCUCCCCUGAAGAAGCAACGUAUGAACGAAAAGUUGGGUGAGCCCUUCGGACAAUGGGACAAUGGAAACUCACUUGUAAGAAGUAACCCUCCACACUUCAUUAUAACUGAUUCUCCAAACAAGCCGCUUUUGGCUGGAAAGAACCUCACGUACACUUCCUCGUUCAGUUGCAAUUCCAACUUGGAAUUAUCGCCAAUACGGCCAAGUGAAACAGGGCCGUUGCUCGAGCCUAUAACUCCUGCAAACAACGUGUAUCAGAAUCAUCAACUUCAACAUGUUCACACAUCGAUAUCUGCUAGUUUGAAUUCGUCAACAAGUUCGAUCCAUCACUCCUUGCAACAAAGACCAUUAAUGACCCAUUCCAGCACUCCCAACGUGUUACAGCGCACCCCGAAAUCCAACAUAUUGAAGACUCCGUUGAGGAAUUUGAGAACACCCCAGACCAAUUCUAUCAUGAAAAAACUCUGGAACUCUCCUUCAUAUUUGGACGAAUUCUACUACUCGCCCUUGGUGAACAGUCAUACGCUUUUGCAUAGUCACGCAUCCGUGCACGGGUUAUUGAACUCGUAUGAUGAUGAUGACAUGAUUAUGAGAAGUUUUGAAAACCACCCCCAUAAUCACCAGACACCAGUGUUGAGUAGAAAAUCGGGAAGUACUACCAGUAUUGCGUCUACAGUUGUGGAUUCCAGCCGGAAUUUGUUUAAUGAUUUUAAGAAGAUUGAUGUUUUAAGUUCUGUCAGCUCCAAGAGCGACGUCUCCGACAUCGAGGAAUCGGCCUCGAAAGGUGCCCACAAUAUCAGCACUUCGUCUACGGAUGCUGAUGACUGA